AUGUCCAGCAUACCAGCAAACUUGACUAAGCCAGCUCUGCGCUUGCUCUCUGAGUAUUUAUUGACCAACUACAAGAAAGGUGUCCGGCCUGUUCGGAACUGGAGGAAGACCACCAACGUGGCCAUCGAUGUCAUGAUCUACGCCAUACUGAGUGUGGAUGAGAAAAACCAAGUCCUGACAACAUAUAUCUGGUACAGGCAGCACUGGAUUGAUGAGUUUCUGCAAUGGAAUCCGGCAGACUUUGACAACAUCACACAGAUGUCUGUCCCUACUGAGGACAUCUGGGUCCCCGACAUUCUUAUCAAUGAAUUCGUGGAUGUGGGCAAAUCCCCCAACAUUCCCUAUGUUUACAUCCUCCAUCACGGGGAAGUACGGAACCUCAAGCCUGUCCAGGUGGUCACUGCCUGCAGCCUGGACAUCUAUAACUUCCCCUUUGAUGUGCAGAACUGCUCUCUGACCUUCACCAGCUGGCUGCAUAACAUCCGGGACAUUAACAUCUCCUUAUGGCGGAGCCCAGAAGAAGUAAAACACGACAAGAGUGUCUUCAUGAACCAGGGGGAGUGGGAGCUUCUGCAUGUGCUCAGCCAGUUCCGAGAGUUCAGCGUUGGUGACAGUGACUUCUAUGCCGAGAUGAAGUUCUUCGUGGUCAUCCGGAGACGCCCCCUCUUUUAUGCAGUCAGCCUCCUGCUCCCCAGCAUCUUCCUGAUGGUCAUGGACAUUGUGGGGUUCUACCUGCCCCCCGACAGUGGAGAGAGGGUCUCCUUCAAGAUCACCCUGCUCCUGGGUUACUCUGUUUUCCUGAUCAUUGUGUCCGACACAUUGCCAGCCACCGCCAUCGGGACGCCACUGAUAGGGGUCUAUUUUGUGGUCUGUAUGGCUUUGCUGGUCAUCAGCUUGACUGAGACCAUCCUCAUUGUACGGCUAGUGCACAAGCAGGACCUGCAGCCUCACGUCCCUGACUGGGUGAAAUACUGGGUGCUGGAGCGUGCCACCAUCUUGUUCUGCAUCCGAGACAGGAAUGCAUUCUCUCCAGUCCACACUCAGAGCUCCGACAUCUCCAGGAACAUGGAGAACAAUGACAGCACAGCCAAACUGAACCACUACAGCUGUGAAAGCACACGUGACUUUGAAGGAGGAGCAAGUGAUACAAUGACCCAGCCACAAGGGGAGAGCUCCCUGGUGGUUGAAAAUAUCCUGCAGGAGAUUGUGGCCAUCCGCCAGUUUCUGGAGAAGCGAGAUGAAUUCCGUGACAUAGCUCGUGAAUGGCUGCAGGUCGGCUACGUCCUGGACGUCCUCCUCUUCCGGGCCUACCUGGUAGCCGUGCUGGCCUACAGCAUCACAUUGGGCACUCUGUGGUCCAUUUGGCAAUAUGCCUGAGACACACCUACACAACCAUACAAAUGGGUUUGUCAUCAAACAGUUGUGCUUAAUUUGUCUCUCUGAGGUCUUUGGACUCAUUGAUAUGGUGAACUAAGAUCCAGGCUCUGAGGUACCGCUCAUGGGCAUGCAUCUUAAGACUGCUGUCUUCAAGUGUCUCUUAAGUCUAGUCAGUGUGUGUCUAUUUUAUUAUUGAGGUGCAGCAUGUAAACAUCCUAAAAAUAACAGCCUUAUGAUGCAUGCUAGCAAAAAUAUUUCCAGUUCUAGGUUCCAAACUGGAUGGGUAAAAAAGGGGAGGCGAACAUGAGUUGCAUGGGAUUAAUCUUUUAUGUAACCUUAAAUCCAGUCUUCUUGCCUUCCAUCCUAUUCAAUCCUUUCAUUGGCAUCUUGGGCUUCUACUGGGAAGAAGGGUGGGAUAUAAAUCUAAUGAAUAAAUAAACACCUUUCUCACCCCAGCUUGGAGUGAAGGAGCUUCAUCCUGGCAAUCAAGCCUGCUUUUUAUAUAUGUGGUAUCUUGAGGAUAAGCCAUAAAGUCAGGAUAUGGAUGGAAAUCCUGUAACUGAGACUGCCUUUGCAUAUUUUAUUUAGCAGAGGUUUUAUGUUAAGAACUUAUGAAAGGAAGUUUUUUCAGUGAGACCUACAACCAGAUCAGUAUCACAAUUUGUCACUUACUGCAGUCCUAUCCCAUUACCUUACUGGGUUUGGGGCCAGGUGUUGCUCAGAACCAUGCUCCAUCGGCAUUUUCUCUCCUUUACUCUUAUCCUCACUUCUGAAGUCAGUUCUCACUGGGACUAUGUUUUCCAGUCACCUUGAAAUAUUUCCCAGACAUUCACUCUGAGGGAUGCAUGAUGCUCGAGACUGUUUUCCCAUUUUGUAAAUGACAAUCUACCCCCUCUGUACAGUACAUGGCAACUU